AUGAGACCAAAACUAAGACUGCCUCAGGACGAGAGGGUAGGGCUAUUUAAGGGUUUGGGAGAAAUGACCUUUGGAUAUGAAGAAGUGGUGGGAAAAGUUUGGAAGAUGACAAGGUUGUUCUUGCAGUCGCCGGCCAAUCCGGAUUUACUGUACGUGAUAUUUUUCUGUCACACCCAGCUCACGGUCACGCUGCUGCUGUGCCUCAUAUUCGGCAGCAAGGCCUACGUGGUGUUCCGCAGCGGGGGCAAGGAGGAGUCGAAGCACUCCGGGGCUACCGGGAAAUUUCUGGGUAAAAGCAGCCGGCCGACGGGCACUAGCAACCAGACGAACUCGAUAUCCCUACAACAGGGGAACUUCACAGACGAGAGCGAUGGGGCCACGGAGGAGUUCCGUCGGUUGAUCAACCAACUCGAAGUUCUGAAAGAGAAGAACGUUCUCUUAGGUAAUCACCACUUGGUUAACAAGCUAGCUGCGAUGCAAGAAGCCGCGCAUCGCUCCGAAGCUCAAGUAUCGACCAUCCAAGCGAUCUCUUCUAGUAUGAGACUGAACGAUCUCAAUGGGUCCACGACCAUCGCUGAGACAGACGUGGGUGGUUCGUUCAAAAGCGACGAGAAAAGAGGUGGCGAGGAGAAACGGUGCCAGGCGUGCGUGGAGACGAACGGGAUCAAGGGAAAGGAUCAUCAGGGGCCCUCGAAGGAAGCCGAGGUCCUCGUAUCCGUGGAGACGAAGAGAUCGACGAGGACCAACGACGUGGCGGUCUCGACUUCCGGUAGGCCGGUUACCACCGAGGACAUUGGGACGGAAACCAAGCAUGAAGACAAAGAUAGUGAGGUUCGGGAGAAGAGCAAGAGCAAAUCGGGCCAUGCGAGGACGCACGCUAUAGUAAUCAAUUUGGACGACAAAACCAGGUUCUCGGAGGAAGUCACCGUUUAAAAAUGAACGCCGAUUGGUGAGAACUCCGCGAGUCACUCGAACGUGUACUGUGGUAAGUGAAAUAAAAGUGAUUCGGUGGUGGGUAUCUUAGGUUCUUGGUGACGCUGGUGGUGGUGGUGGUGGUGGUGGUGGUGUUGGUGCCUGUAUGAUUUUAUUGUUUCUUCUUUCAAUCCGUGAAACACGGGCAAUUUUUAUUCGUCGCAGGCACGCGAGUUUCCAAUUAAACGUCGAAACUGUGUUCCCUUCGGAAAUCGGGCGUUUAAACAUUGUUGAAUUAUUGAAAAUAAUAGUACAAACAUAAAUUGAAGUUUCUGGGUUAACUCGAUUUCUCCCGUUGGUUCUCGACGGGAAUCCUCUAACGCAAUCGCGACAGCAAUUUUUCUUACCCUUUUUUUUCCUCGCCUUGUUUCCCAGAAGUUUCGAAGGGAACUUCCUUUCGGCGAUUGUGUUUGUAACUUGCGAACAAGGACAUACUAAUCGUGCACUCCUCGUCCUCGUUCAUUGAAUUUGUUCUCAUCGGUGUAACCUUCCCUCUUCCCUUUUAGUUUUUUAAUUGUUCACGUCAGGCGAGAAAACUGGAAUUUCUCUCCUUUCCUGUCAUGAUCCUUUUUACGACAGUUCCUAAUCGCCCUUUCCGAACUUACCUUGGAAAUUCGACUUGUUCUCAUUCAAGUUCUCGUUUCAAUUCGUUUCCUAUUUGAAAAGAUAUCGAGAGCGUCGUGUAAAUAAACGUUGUGAGUUAAUAAAAGUUUCGGUGGUUUUAGUCUAAGGAAAUUUGUGAUAUUGUGACGAGUCACUGGGAACGAGAACUGAUAUUAAUUAGCACGCACUAAGAGUUAGUCGAGAACGAAUAGUAAGAAGCGUCAUGGAAAUAUGAAUUCCACGUGUGUUCCCGAACUUUUAGCAAAGAAAGGAGGAGAUCCUUUCAACGGAGUUCCCAGACACGACUUUGCUUUCCAUUUGAAGAAAAAAAAAAGAAAGAAGAAACCGCGAGAAUUGAUCUCGCGAAACUGUAAAUGGUGAUCCUCGGGUAUUUGAAAGAAUUCUCAGUUUUAAAGUAGAAUAUUUCUAAGAGCAAAGCAUGCGUGUGAGGAAAUGUGUUUGAACGUCGGUCCCAGGUAGAACGAGAAAGUCUGCAGGUUUUCACAACUUCUGGCUGAUAUCUGAUAAAGAAAAUUUCAUUGACUAAAUAGAUUUCAUAAAAGUGCACCAUGAUGUAAGUGCACGCAGCGAGUUCGCGUUGCUUUUACAAUUUCCUCGCUUUGAUCAUUGACCGGUAGUUUUUUUUUUUCCCCCAACCUGACAGCUGUUCCCAAUUGAAAGUGAGUGCGUCGGUCGGGCUGUUAUUUAUUUACCAAACAGGCAGGCUUCUAUCUGGGACACGUGUCAGCUGGUGGAGUGUCGACGCGAUGCGCAACGUGAUCAAUCGAACCUCGCGAACAAGCUUUCUGUAAAUAUCGUCGUAUAGCCGCUUUAUCCAAAGUCUUCUGCCAUACGAUUAAAGGUUCAUUUAUACCAUCGACGAGCCACGAACGAGUCGGUUAGAACGAAGAGCACCGUCUCAUUAAUACUGAAUAUUAAUUAAUAUUACAUACGCAAAGUUAUGUACUCGUAUUUCCGAGAACGAGUAUUACCAAUUAUAAACUUCAUUGGGAACUUGUUUUACUUGAAAACCGAGUUUUAAAUUCGCGAGUUUGAUUACUCGGGAAUUUUUAAAGAACCCCAGUCCUCGCCUGGCGUUCGGAGUAUCGCAAAAACUCAGCGAAUAAAUAAAAAUAAUUCUAAAAUAUUCUGAAUCCGUGGCUUCGUUCUGGUCGACUCAUUCACAGCUCCCUUAAAGUCGAUCUGUAAAUAAACGCGCGAAGGCCGAUUAAAAAUGGAAAAACUAGUUACUAGACCAGCGUGAACGGAAAAUUGUUCACCGUUUCAUCGAAAAACGGAGGUCCGACCCUCCAAUUUCUCUCUUUCAACUUUCCCUCAUAUCAGGUUGUAAAUAAGUCUUGUAAAUAUGCACGAGCUGAGGCGAGUUUGACGUUAGAUCGGGCGAACGCGAUCGCAGUUGAAAUUGUUACUAGAUCGUGCGUCGUAGUAGCCGCGUAUCAUGGUCGUUAGCCCGUAAUCACACGACGAUGUAUGUUACAUUUAUCAUCGCGUCCCUCGCGUGUGCCUGGAUCGGUGAUUUACCGAUCCGAAGUCAGACAAGCAAAAUUAGAUUAUGUAAACAGAAAUUCAUUACCGGACUUUCAUUUGAACUUACGAUAAGAUUAGAAUAAUUAUUAUUAGUGGAGGCAUGAUUCCGCGUUCAAACAGUAAUUCGCUUCGUGAAUUAUAGGGGAAUGUCAAGCAUCGGCUCGGAUAACAGUAAUUUAAUUGAUACCGGUAUCUUCGCACGAUGCAUUAAGGUUGUAUGAACCCAUAAAUAAAA